AUGGAAGAAGAAUGUUGCAGUUUCAACAAGAAAUACGCGUCCGAUGAAGAAAGAGCGUUCCGGUUUUCCGUCUUUGUCAAAAAUGUUGAAGAUUUCGAGGAGGAAGAGCGUAAACAUCCCGGUCUCGACCUCGACGUUACGAAGUUUGCUGACUGGACCGAAGAGGAAAUGAUUCGGUAUCUCUCUGGAAAUAUGCGCGAACUACGAAUCGAUGGGCCGCGGUUUGAAGACACACCUUUGCGAGACGGUAUCAGAAGACCGGCGGAGAUGGAUUGGGCGAAAGCCGGCAAACUCACGCCAGUUAAGGAUCAAGGUACCGUUCAAGGAUCAAGGCAUGGUGGAGCUCCUAUGGCCAAACGUUUCUAG